AUGAAGCUGUUUGUGGCUCUUUUCACCAUCGCAGCAGUUCUGGUCUUGGUUUGUGGGAUGAGUAUUAGUCCUAAGUCCGCUGGAUUCGCCAGUCCACAAGACUCUGAUGGUAUGCCACCAGGCCCUCCACCAGACGGCAUGCCACCAGGCCCGCCACCGGACGGCGAGCCACCAGGCCCUCCACCAGAAGACUCCUCGAGAUAA